UUUCUUUCCCAAAAUGACAUAAUGCAAAUCUGAGUCCCUCCCUGUCUUUGCACCGUCAUCCAUAAUUUUUUACAGCCCACAGGCACAUGAAGAUCUUCAACACCCACAGCAACUCCAGCACCAUCACUGGCUUCCUCCUCCUGGGCUUCCCUUGCUCCAGGCAGGGCCAGAUCCUCCUCUUUGUGCUCUUCUCUGCUGUCUACCUCCUCACCCUCAUGGGCAAUGCUUCCAUCAUCUGUGCAGUGCGCUGGGAUCAGAGACUCCACACCCCCAUGUACAUCCUGCUCGCCAACUUCUCCUUCCUGGAGAUCUGCUAUGUUACCUCCACAGUUCCCAACAUGCUGGCCAACUUCCUCUCUGACACCAAGGUCAUCUCCUUCUCUGGCUGCUUUCUCCAGUUCUACUUCUUCUUCUCCUUAGGUUCUACAGAAUGCUUUUUCCUGGCAGUUAUGGCCUUCGAUCGAUACCUUGCCAUCUGCCAACCUCUGCAUUACCCCACCCUCAUGACUGGACAUCUCUGCAACAUCCUGGUGGGCAGCUGCUGGGUACUGGGUUUCCUUUGGUUCCUGAUUCCUAUUAUUUUCAUUUCUCAAAUGACCUUCUGUGGGUCCAGGAUUAUUGACCACUUCCUAUGUGACCCAGGUCCUCUUCUAGCACUCACUUGCCAAAAAUCUCCUGUGAUAGAGUUUGUCAUCUCCAUCUUAAGUCCUCUUCCUCUCAUCAUUCCCUUUCUCUUCAUUGUGGGGUCCUACGCUCUGGUCCUGGGAGCUGUGCUGAGGGUCCCUUCAGCAGCUGGGAGAAGAAAGGCUUUCUCCACCUGUGGGUCUCAUCUUGCUGUAGUUUCAUUGUUUUAUGGCUCAGUACUGGUCAUGUAUGGGAGCCCAACAUCUGAGCAUGAAGCUGGAAUGCAGAAGAUUGUGACUCUGUUUUAUUCUGUUGUGACCCCACUCCUGAACCCGGUGAUAUAUAGUCUUAGGAAUAAAGAUAUGAUAAAAGCCAUGCAGAAAUUUCUGGGAAUGUAA